AUGUAUCUCAUUGACACCGGCCAUACCCAUGACUGGGAACAUAUCGCUGUGUGGGUCAAGGACAACACGGCUCAAUAUGUUGCCGCCUCGCAGCAUGGCGGUUACGAGAUCAAGGCAGCGGCCGACGUUCGAUGGGAUGGAGAACACCCUAAGAUGGUGUAUCACAAAGAUGGAAUCAGCACACAUUGUUUCCGCUUCGCCACUGCUGCUGACGAUGCCAUUGAGAACCACAAGGGCGUUUGGUUCAGGGGUGAUCUCGUCUCAUACAAUGGCUUCCCAGCUGGCAUCCGUGAUCUGCUGUAUGCGCAUGAUUUUGGCUCUGCAAAUAUCGCGCUCAAGGACUCAUCUUUUCCGAAUCAAAUCACGAAUGCGAAACCCAGUGCUAUUACGUUCGACAAUAAUUUGGAUGUGGGAUCACCGGGAGUUCCAUAA